AUCGCCGGUUGUUGCUCCGGUCACUCCAGUCACCAAGGUUCCCGUGGCAGUCGGCUAGGAUCCUCCUACCACCAGCCUUGCAGAGCCGGAAAUCAUCGGGGAUGUGUCGAUGGAAUUCACCUCCCGCUCCUGCUCUGAACCCCCCUCUCUCCGCGUCGCCCGCCACACCCGCUUGGCCAGCAAUGUUCGGAAGAGCAGCGCCGCCGACGAUAGCUCGGCCUUUCUCUUGUCGCCCAAGGCCAAACGCCAGAAGGUACUGGCGCCGAUCGAGGACGCCGUUGUCAUUUCGGAUGCCGAAGACGGAGGCGGAGCUGCUGGUAGGGAGGACGAUCUUGGUGGGGAGCACCCGGACUGGGCGACCUCAAUCGCCGCCGAGGACCGCCGCAGCCUCCUCAGUUCCACCGCCUGGCUCAACGACAGCGUCAUCGAUACGGCCAUCGAGAUGAUCGCCGCCCAGAAAGCGAACCUCCGCACCGUCCCGAGCACCGUCAUCGUUGCGGCGACGACGAAGAAGACCAGCGGUGACGGUCCCGUCCGUGAGGCCCUGCGAGUCCAUCUCCAAGACUCGGAUAUCACUAUCUUCCUCCCCCUCAACCUGGGCAACACACACUGGGUCCUCGUCUACCUUGUCGUCGCGUCCAAGUCCGCCGUCCUCGUCGACUCGCUGUCCAGCCCCGUCCACACCCGCCAGGCCCUCGACAUGGUCCGCGCCUUCGUCUCGCGCUUCCUCCCCGACACCACCAGCACCUGGGACCAGUGGACCUUCGCCAUGAGGCUGGGCCCCCAGCAGCCCAACGUCUCCGACUGCGGCGUCUACACCAUCGUCGCGGCCCUCUACCAAGCCGCCGGCAUCCCCAUGCCCGACACCCUCGACGGAGCCCUCUGGCGCCGCCUCGUCCUCGCCAUGAUGCCCCCGCCGGACCCGGCCACAGCCGCCGCCAUGACCAAAUGGGGAGUCUCUGCCUCCCCCGCCCUCCUCACCGCCGAGGACCUGGCCGCCGACGACCGGUUCCGCCUCACGCCCGAGCAGGACAGUCACAGCCCACCGCCAGCAUCCGACGUCGUCCGCCUCCGCGGCCUCGUCGCCGAGUACCACCGCCGCAUCCAGUCCGUCGAGAACCUCCGCACCACCGGGCUGUCUCAGAUCCGCGCCCGCCGCGCCGCCUGCGCCGCCAAGAUGGACCGCCUCCGCGACAUCGACCGCGUCGUUACUUGUCUUCUCGCCGCGGCGGGCGACGAGCUCCGCAGGUCCGAGGACGAGCUUGCGCAGAUGGACGAGCAGGUCGACGCCCUUGGGAGGAUGGUCGACCUCGCGAGCGGCGCGGCAAAGGUGUUUUGGCCCACGGCUAACGCGAUCGAGACGGCGCGCUCGGCGUUGACUAGCCUGGUUGCCUUGCGUCGGCUGCACAGGACGCGGAUUGUCGCUGCUACGGCGUUUCGGGACCGGCUUGGUGUUGUUGACUUUAAGGGGCCUGAGGGCGUUGUCGAGGCCUUCUUGGCUGAGUGUGCGGAGGCGGAGGAGGUGCUUCGUGGUGGGGGCUUUGUCUGAGGGGAUGAACUGGUGCUGGCUUGGUCAAUAAC